AUGGCGGAAGGUGACGUGCCUUUAGUGACGAGUUUCGGCGGCACAGAAAUAGAAUAUGGCGCGAACGGGAAUAAAGUGUCAAAGAAUUCAAGAAUGUCGACCCUGCUGUUCUGGCAGGGUAAGGGCAAGACCAAUGGCGCCAACGGUCGAAACUGGAUCCACGCCCCUGACGCCCUUGUCAAAGGACACGUUGCAUAUUUAGUUAAAUUCCUCGGCUGUACACAGGUGGACCAACCGAAGGGCAUCGAGGUAGUCAAGGACGCGAUUAAAAAGUUACAGUUCACGCAACAACUUAAAAAAUCCGAAACAAAAGAUGCGGCGAAAUGCAAGAAAGUCGAGAUAACCGUAUCGGUCGACGGUGUCGCCAUACAGGAGCCGAGAACAAACAAUGUGAUGUACCAGUUCCCACUGCAUCGGAUAUCAUACUGCGCUGAUGACAAAGGAGCUAAGAAAUACUUCUCAUUUAUAGCUAAAGGUGCCAGCACUGUCAACGGGGUCAAUGGCCACGAUACAACGGAAAAACAUGAAUGUUUCGUUUUCAUAUCAACUAAACUUGCCUCGGAGAUAACACUCACUAUAGGGCAGGCAUUCGACUUGGCUUACAGGCGGUUUUUGAACGAUAAUGGGAAAUACAUUGAAAUGCAAAAACUGACCUUACAGAACAAGAAACUCGAAAUGCAAAUGAACGCUUACAAGAAUCGCUUACAGGAGUUAUCAAAAAUAACGUACAAGGAUGAUCUUUCUGCCUACCUCAGUCGUCAUAGUCUGUCAGAUAUCACAGAAUUCAAAUGUCCCGAACUAGAUGCUCAACUGACGGCUAUCAAUACAACACUAGCUAAUGGAAAGACGGACAGCGGUGAUGCUACAUCCACUAACUCGGUGGACACAUUCAGUUCCAACGACAACAACUUACUGUUGUCAACACCGCCACCAACACACAACGGUAGAAACAACACGGGUAAACUCCUCGGUGAUCUGACUAAUAAGAAUCCAGUUGUGGGCACUAAGUUGGAGGGACUUCUACUACAUUCAGACUCUGAUAGUGAUUUCGACCCGCGAGCCUUCGAGUCAGAGCCGAGCCCACGAUGCCCGGUCACAGCGCCGCCGCUCUUGGCGCCACCACCGAAAGCAUCGAAGCGACAGCCACAAUCGCCACAGCCACAGCCACAACAGCCACAACCACAGCCACAGCAAAACGGCAGUGAUUUAUUCGGUUCAUCACCAUUCACACCACAACAAUCACCGAACCAAUUCCAAAACAAGCCAAAUUAUGAUAUAAGCGACUUCAACUUACAAAGUUCAGUGUUCAACAACACAUUCACUAAUGGCCUCACAAAUUACGACCCAUUUGUUACUCAGAACACAUCGAAUAUAUUUGGAAACUUGAAUAAUAGUUUCAAUGGCUUCGGUAACUUGAGUGACAAACAGACAGUCGAAUUGAACAGCAGCUUCAAUGGUUUUCUUGAUAAGACCAUAUCUGAAAUGAAGGAUGGCUUUAGCCGAGGUAUAAGUUUCGGCAACGACGAUUUUUCAAUAGAAAAUUUGGAUCCAUUGAAGAAAAAUUAA